AUGUACCUCCUAAAGCCUACCACCGUGGCCGUUGCCGCGCUCCUCCUCCCACCAGCAGUGGCAGUGACCUGCCUCGGCGGCCCAGACAAGGAAGACUGCUACGCCGUGGAGCAGAAAGGCGCUGCGUGCACCGACGUCAAAGGCAUGCUGUACACGAGCGCCUGUGACCAUGCGUGCAGCCCAGAAUGGUACAACGCUAUCGUGGGCUGUAUCCAGUGCGGGCUGCUGUACAGCUACACGCGCCCGAACCCCGCGUACGCGACCUCGGGCGACAGCUCGGCCUACGAUGCCGCCCAGUGGUCCGUCACGCGGCUGUACGCGGCGUGCAAGGCGGCCGGGAAGCUGCCGCCCAACCCGGCGAACAUCUCGGAGCCGAUUAGUCACGGGAACCCCAAGGCCGCGCGUGGGGACCUCAACUUCAUCCUCAAGGCGUGCGCACUGCUCAACAUGAGCCUGGUCGACAGGCAGCUCUACACCCAGUGGCCGGUGCCGCGCGACCCUGAGCUCGCGCUGUCCGUCAGCUCGACGUUUACUUACACGUCGGUCCCGCCGUUCAAGACGUCGUCCCACCCCAGUCCCAAUGCGGCGCAGAGAGUGUCAGCUGGCGUCGACAACUACAACCUAUAUGUCGACUGCCUGCAGUGCAGCAUCGCCAAGUACUACACCCGGGCGUGGUACGAGGCCAACUCGACUAGGCACUUCGACGGCAGGAGCACCCAGUACGACCAGGCGCAGAUCCGUCUCGUCGAACUGUACAACAGCUGCGAGCGCGGGGGGCGCGUGCCAGACCGGGCGAAGAACCUCACUGAGCCACCACUGCCGUACCCCCUCCCAGCGGACCUGGUCGGUCGGCCGCGUUCGUGCGAGUGGAUAUGCCGCCAGACCGACCUUUUUGACGGCCCCUUGACCAACUUCACGUACUGCAUCAUUGGGAGGCAAGCGCCAGAGGACUGUCGCGCGGCGUGCUCGCAAACGUUCUUCGACAACACGGCCGCAUGCUACCAGUGCCGCUUCUCCGGCACAGGGUACACGGCGUACCUCGACCCCGAUCUCAGCUUCGCCGCCGACGGCCUUCCCCUGGCUGAUCGCAGAAAACUAGACGACCUCGUCAAAGGCGAGCAAUGUGCGUUUCCCCACGACAACAUGCUCAUCGCUGUGACUUUGGCGCUUGCACUGCUUGCCCAGCAGAAGGCGGUGGCCAUCGACUGCAACGGUACCGACUCGGCACGGUGCACCUCGCUCUUCGACGCCGCCGUGGAGUGCACCGACCACGUUAACGACCCCACAAACAACUGCGGCACGGUCUGCACUGGCGACAACUUCAACUUCUUGGUCGACUGUCAGCAGUGCAACGUCAACCUCGAGUACAAGAAGAAGACCCGCCCUCCCUCCGACGUCGAAGGCCACAGCCCCAUCACCGGCAACAGCUACUACUACGCCGUAGCGGCGAGCAACGUGCGGGGGCUGUACCAAAUCUGCCGGCGGACCGUCGGCGUUCCCGCCGGGGCGAGGAACAUCACCGAGCCGCCACUGUAG